UAGCCAUCCUCUUUAUCUUUGUUGUAGAGCAUAGAAAAAGAGAAACCGCGUCUCUCUCUCUCUCUCUCACCCGGUGUUACACUGAAUAGUCGGUGCCUCGACUUAUUUCGAUUCGUGUGAACUCCAUUUGCAGGUUACGUGUUACUUACAUUCUAGCAGCCUUUACUAUUAUAUAGAUAUAUAAUUACUUUCUCUUAUAUCUUAAGAAGCAAGAGAGAAAUCAUCUGGAAGUCUCUCUGUAUUGUUUUAAGCUUCAAUUCCAGUCAUAACCAAGUUGUAAUUUUGCGUUAAAAAUUUGGUUUUUGUAACUGGGAUCUUCAGGAAAAGCGUGAUGAGUUAUUACAAUCAGCAGCAGCAGCAACCACCUAUUGGUGUACCUCCUCCCCAAGGGUACCCUCCAAAGGAUGCCUACCCUCCACCUGGUUACCCUGCAGAAGGGUACCCUCCGCAGGGGUAUCCUCAGCAGGCUUAUCCACAACAGGGUUAUCCACCACAAGGAUAUGCUCCACAAUAUGCCCAACCUCCUCCGAAGAAGGACACCGGUUGCCUUGAAGGAUGUUUAGCGGCACUCUGCUGUUGUUGCCUUUUGGAUGCUUGCUUCUGAGGAAAGCACUUUGGUCUUUACUAUAAUUUAGACAUGGUGAUUCACUGCUUGAUUGAUGCUAUGUCGAAUUUACUAUCUCUCAGAAUUAGAUUCUUCUCUAUUAGCAUCUUAUGGAAGACUUUUAUGGCUAAAGAGUAGUUUGAUCUUCUUAGCUUUGGAUUCUGUAUUUGCAAACUUGAAGAUUGUUACAUACAUUCUACUAUUGUAUGAAGAAACAUGUCUUUAACUGAAUAACUUUAUUCCCGUAUAUAAAUGUCUUUCAUAAUUUGGAUAAUGUACUUGUAUACACUGUCAAUAAUUGAACGAAUCAUUUAGUAGUG